AGAUCACGGCCGCUCCGUUUCCGGAAGACCAUUGUAGCCUUCCUAAAAGAAAGAAAAUGGAAACCUGAACUCGUACUUAGCUAAACAGUCGAGCGUUUCUGAGAGAGUAUUAGAAGAACAAUUUGGAAUUACGAUUACAUUGCUACGAACACUAUCGAACAGCAGCUGGAUCUUGCUGAAGAUCAGAGAGCAUCCCUCAACCUCCCUCCCCUCUGAAUCAAUGGAAGGGUCUGACAGUUUAGAGCAGAGUGGCAGCGACCAGCCGGAGUCACAGCGCAGAAGGCAGCUGGACCGCCUGGACCGGGAGGAGGCCUUCUACCAGUUUGUCAACAAUCUAAGUGAUGAGGACUAUCGGCUCAUGAGAGACAACAAUCUUCUGGGCACCCCGGGAGAGGUGACAGAAGAUGAGCUGUUUAGCAGACUUCAGCAAAUAAAAGAUGGCCCAGAACAGCAGAAUAACAGUACUAGUGCCCCCAGCACUGAAAGUGUAGAAGAUCCAGUUGAACCACCAGAAAACUCUGAGGAUCCUGCCAAUGGGGAUAGUCUCUUAGACUGGCUGAACACAGUAAGGCGCACAGGCAACACAACCAGAACUGGUCAUCGUGGAAACCAGUCAUGGCGGGCCGUAAGCCAGACCAACCCAAACAGUGGCGAUUUUCGCUUCAGCCUAGAAAUCAGUGUGAAUCGCAACCUGGCUGAACAGCAGGCCGCUGCUGAAGGGGAGCAGGGGUCUCAAGAAGAGUCUCCAGAGGGUCAAGCAGUGACUGAACCCAUGGUGGCAAAUGCUCAACCACUGGUGGCAAAUGCUCAACCAAUGGUGGCAAAUGCUGAACUACUGGUGGCAAAUGCUCAACCCCUGGUGGCAAAUGCUCAACCCCUGGUGGCAAAUGCUCAACCCCUAGUGGCAAAUGCUCAACCCCUGGUGACGAAUGCUGAACCACUGAUCAGGAAUGCUGAACCACUGGUCGUGAAUACUGGACCACUGGUGGCGAAUGCUGGACCCCUGGUGGCAAAUAAUGAACCGCAGGUGCCCCUUUCUGAACCGCAGGUGCCCCUUUCUGAACCUCAGGAGUCCAUUGCCGAACCGCAGGAGUCCAUUGCCGAACCGCAGGAGUCCAUUGCCGAACCGCAGGAGUCCAUUGCCGAACCGCCGGAGUCCAUUGCCGAACCGCAGGAGUCCAUUGCCGAACCGCAGGAGUCCAUUGCCGAACCGCAGGUGUCCAUUGCCGAACAGCAGGUGUCCAUUGCCGAACCACAGGAGUCCAUUGCUGAACCGCAGGUACCCAUGGAGACGGACGUGGUGGUAGAACCAGUUGUAGAGGAAUUGGCUGUCAUUGUGGAGCCAGAACCAGAGCCUGAGAUAGAAGAAGUUGUUUCACAAGAGACUUUUGGAGAACCACCCAGGUCACCUGCCGCCCUACCGGUUCAACCACCACUUUCUCCUUCUCCACGCAGAGGACAAAGGAGAGCACGCAGCCGCAGUCCAGAACCACGCAGGACUAGGGCCCGUACAGCCAGGAGCCGCUCCCCUCUCAACCUGGAUCAGCAGGAUGGUCUUCGUAAUCCACACAGCUCUCAAGGCCUCAACUCUGCCACCAAUACUCCCCUUGUGCCUCAAAUGGAGGGCAGUUCUCGGACUCGACAACAUGUUCUUUCUAGGCAAAGCACUGCUGACAGUGAUGUUCAGCCAUCUAGGGCUGGUGCAGAAACAGUCCCAGAGGCCCAAAAUAUGGGAACUCAGGAAGGAGAAGCUGCUGGGGGGGAAGGAGGCGCAGCAGGGCGCCGUCCUCCUACUAUUAUGCUUGAUCUCCAGGUGCGCCGUGUGCGCCCAGGCGAAUAUCGCCAAAGAGACAGCAUUGCUAGCCGAACCCGCUCGCGCUCCCAGAACUCAAACAACACAUUUCUUUAUGAGAGUGAGCGUGGUGGAUUUCGUAGGACUUUCUCACGAUCAGAGCGUGCUGGUGUGAGGACCUACGUCAGCACUAUUCGCAUCCCCAUCCGAAGAAUCUCUGAUGCAGGUUUGGGAGAGGCAACCUCAAUGGCUCUCCAAUCUAUGAUUAGGCAGAUAAUGACUGGUUUUGGUGAACUCGGCUACCUCAUGGAUUCAGACUCUGAUUCUUCAGAUUCAAACCGUGGAGUCAGCACACCUGCAGAUCUGGCUGAAGCCCUCAACAACCCAGAUGCUACUCCUGCUGCUGCUCCUGUUGCUGAUGUUGAUGAACCACCUGUGGCUGCAGGAGUCAGAGCAAGGACAGCUGAGACUGAUAUUGAUGAAGGCCUUGCCACUGCUCCACCUCCCUCUGGGGGCAGGGCUCGACCUAGACCACCUAUCAGCCUGGAGGAGCCCAGCUCACUGCCCUUCUUGCGGCUUGCCCACUUCUUCCUUCUAAAUGAUGACGACGAGGACCAGCCCCAAGGACUCACCAAAGAGCAGAUUGACAACCUCUCAAUGCGCAACUUUGGUGAGAGUGAUGCCUUGAAGACUUGCAGUGUAUGCAUAACAGAAUAUGCAGAAGGUAACAAGCUACGUAAGCUGCCCUGCUCUCAUGAGUAUCAUGUGCACUGCAUUGAUCGCUGGCUGUCCGAAAACUCCACUUGCCCCAUCUGCCGCAGGGCUGUCUUGGUAUCAGCCAACCGAGAGAGUGUGGUGUAGCUUAUUAAAGACUGCAGGCCUUUUUGUCUCACCCCUAAGUAAUCUAAUAUCCCCAGUCCAUACGAGGCUUUGAAUUAAUGUGUCUCCACUGUUGAAAUGUAUUUCCUUCAUACCAUUUGUGAGUUUGAUCAUAUUGCAUUCACAGGUUUGAUUUGGGAUGCUCCAUACAGUGACAUCGGGACAAAUUUAGUCUCUAGUAAGACAUUUAUUAUUGCAGUCCAAAGUUAGGCACAAGCAAUGCAUGCUGUUUGAAUCAACUUGUAGUGACCAAGCAGUCUGUUGCAUUGCGUUGAGCCAUGCACACAAGCAGACUGGUAUCUCUUAAAGAAUCCCCUGGUUAUAAAUGCUGCACAUCUGCAGGUAGUUGAGUCACAUCUACUCUUUUGUAUUAACUCGUAAAUUGCGCCUUGUAUACCGGAAGUUGGGUAUUGGUACAGUUCUUAGUUACACAAGUUCAAAGUAUUAGCUGUAAAUAAGCUUGUAAAAAUAAGUUUGAAUCAUACUUUGUAUUAGUGAAUUGGUUUUGAAUUGUAAAUUAUCUCAUAAAGAUUAAGGUUGUGUUAGCCGCAAUUACGCUCUAUCAAAGCAUCCCUAAAUUUGCUGUUGAACAAAUAGGUGGUAUUAGUGUACACAGCAGAAUCAUUUAGAGAUUGUGAUGUCCAAAGGAUGUAGGACAUAAAUUGGUUUGCCAUUAACAGUGUGAUUGUACUCUCCCUUUUUUUUUUUUUCCAUUUGAAAGAAACAAAUACCAUGAAAACUCUGUGUGAUGAAUUGAUUAAAAAAUAGAUUUUUGUACAGACAUAAGGGAAAGAUAAAUCAAACCAGGCUAGUUUUGCAAAAUUAUUUUGGAAUCAUGGCAUCUUUAUUUUCUCUUGAUCAUUUAAACGAUUGAGAAGCAAUCAUACCAGAAAUUAGGGAUGUCUCAAUAUUGGAAGCGGUAUUGGGUUGAUAUCAAGUUGUAGGCAUGUGAAUUUACACACCUAAGAAAAUACUAUAACAGGCAUGACAUGUAAAACAAUCUGAAUAUACUUGCCUUUUUUCCCCAGAUGUAAGAGGAUGUUUACUUUUUAAUGUACAACAAUGAUUUCACAAUCAUUUGUCCUGUCAUCUAUUAGCUACUGGUCUGAUUUUUUUUUUUUGGAUUUCUUUUAUUCUUCAACUAACAUAUUGGACUGUCUUUAAGUCUUGAUUGAUCAAUUAAGUUCUCUAAGAUGGUAUGACAUUGAUUUUAAAUGACCAGAAAUGGACUUCAAAUGACAUGUCAACUCAAGUCAGAUCUCUUCACCUGGAGGCCUCCCCAAUCUACACGUGAAAACUUAAGUUAUUAAUCGAAAGGGUUUGAGUGUCACACAUUUACCAAUUCAAGUAAUUGUACUUUUGUCAUAAUAAGGCUCCACUAGAAAGUCAAGAGGCUCACCCACUGGGCCCUCCUUCUGCCCCAUGAGCAGAUGCUCCGUAUCGGUGUGCAAUACAUGCUAAAGUGAAAGUAGGGAAAUACAAACCAUGAUAUAAAUAUAUGCUAUUGUUAAAAACUGUUGUUAAUUGCUAAAAUCUUAAAUGAAGACUUAUUAACUUUUUAAAAAUGUGUUGAAGUUAUUUUAUUUUAUUUUGAAGUUCUGUAGGUUUUAAUAGCACUGUUGAUCAGGAACACUGGCUAAAGUAAGAAAAGGGCAUCACUAUUAAUGCCAUUCUGUCAUGUUUCUUGUUCCACUGUUUGAUGUCUUUGCCACAAUUAUUAGUUCCCUUUAUGGGACAUAAAAUUUUGAAUGCAAGACAUUGUCAUUGUUGAAUACCAUAAAUAUGUAAAUUAAAUGUAUGUUCCCUCUCAGGCCAUUCUUUAGUUUUGGCCUUGUUCUGUGUCACCCAGUGCAGUAUGUUAACUGGGUGUUAAAUUAAUCUAACCGCUGAAUUAAACAAGUUGUUAUGCUACAAAAUGCAUCGCAGGUAUGCAUUCUGUACGCUCACUAUGCUGUUGGGUAAUUUCAUUCUGCUUUAAGAUGCACACAUUAUGAUAUAUAAUUUUUUUUUUUCCAUAUUAACACUUAUAUUAAACAGUCUAAAUAUAAUUUAUUUCCAUGUUUGCUUUCAUCUGACAGCAUUUUUCUUCCCCUAACCUCUUCAUAUUUGAGCUUUCCAGACUUGAAUUUAUCACGUUCCUUGAUUCCAAUGACUUUGAAUGAUGGUGUUCAGUGCAGUCAGAGGAUGGUUGGUGGCCCCCUCGGUGUGAUUGGCAUUAAAUAUCACACCCAUUGUGCCAGUGCUCUUGGUCACAAUAUACUGAAUACAUGUUAUUAUCUAUGAAGCACUUGGCCACUGACACACUGACAAUCCCCAUUCAUUCCCAACUGACAUCAAAUAAAAGUUGUAUGAUA